CCGCGCGCGCUCCGGCAAGCAUGUGUCUCGCGUGACGCGUUUUAGUACUUCGCGGCGGCACGUUCGAUUUCGUUGGCGAGUCGGUCGUGAUCAGACAUGGCUCCGCGACGGCAAGGCGCGACCGGCGAACGUGAAGCCGAAGACAUUCACGGGUGCUGCGUUCCCGGUGAAUGCCUCCGCCCCCGGGAACCCGUACGCAUCGAGGACGCUAUCCGCGUGCUAUGCAACAACGACACGUGUGCCGUCGGUCGGUACAUGCACAGAGAAUGCUUUGAGCAAUGGGAGGGCGGGGUGCUCGCUUAUCUAAAGUCCUGCGGCCGCGCAAGAUCGUGGUCUGAAAGGCAAAGACAUCAGAAUUUAUGGACGAAGAAGGGCUAUGACUUGGCUUUCAAGGCGUGUGGCUGUCGUUGCGGUCGUGGUCACCUAAAGAAAGACUUAGAUUGGACACCACCAGGAGCCGCUGUAAGAGCUGACGAUGAAAAGAAGAAGCGGAGGCGAGCGAGAUCUGGUCGGACGCCGGCGGCUGUAGAUGCCCGCAGCAGGGCUUUCAGUUUAUCAAGUUCUGGGUCCUGUUCUCCACCAUCUGCACCUUCAGAGCCAUCAGCUAGCCCAACACAUGCUGCACCUCACUCGAUGACCCCGGCGAAGAGGAAUUCUAAACCUGAAAUAGUUUCCGAUAGAAUCAGAGCUGGUGCUGGAGCAAAUGGAAUAUUUUCAAGACGGCUGGACUUCUCAACGUUCAAUCUUCUGCCGAAGCAUAAAGUCAACUCAUAUCAAAUCAAGAUUGAAGAUGAGGGCAACCACGGCAAUGACGACACUCGUCUGUUCAUCCUAUCGACGCUCGCAGGUCAACACAAACCCCGUGUGUCUUGUGCUCUGUGCAAGGAGACCCUGCAUGUUUUCGACCGUUACCCACUGGUUGAUGGAACUUUCUUCCUGAGUCCUCGACAACAUACCAGCAGCGCAGUUGAGGUGAAAGUGGAAGGCCGAACGCAAUACCUGACGUGCGUGUGCAUGGGGUGCUUAGAGCGAUGUGAUCCUGAUCGCACGAUUCGCUGCCGUUUUUGCGGACAGAAGUGGGAUGGCUCGUCACUUGUGCUUGGUACCAUGUACUCUUAUGACAUUUUCAUGGCAACGCCUUGUUGCGCUGAGAGAUUGAAGUGUAACAACUGCUACAAGCCACUGCUGCACCCACACCAGCGGCUCAAUUACUCGGAUUACUCCCAUCCAGUGACAUGCCCACAUUGUCGUGUAGUCGAUACACACUUCGUGAAACCGCUGUCCUACUGUUUCACAAAACGGGUUUUUCCGCUGUUCCAGCAGUGGCCAUAACAAACGGCGGUGCCGGGGCCCUCCCCCGGCACCCCCCCAGAAACGUGGGGUCUUGCACCGUCUCCUUCGCGACGGGCUUCCCCACCUGCGUUGCGCCCAGUCGUCAAUACAAGCAUGGCAUCACGCGCGCC